AUGUCGACGCAACCCCGUGUUUCACAGCGCCAGCCGUUGGCUUGCUGGGAAUGUACAAGGCGAAAACGUAAAUGUGACAAAACCAUACCCUGUUCAAGAUGCGAGCGGUUAGGACUCAACUGCAGCCGCGAGAUUGUCCACAUCCGUCGUCGGCUGGGUCAGCAUGGCUCAGAGAUUCAAUUCUUGACGUCGAUCAGGGAGGAUUUGGAACGAGCUGAGCCGACCGAGAUCGAAAGCAUUGUCCGAAGACUAGCUGAUCACAUCGAUUCACUCAAACUGGGGACGGCUUUGAAUCUAAACGCAAGUCUCGACAAUAUCCCCGAUCGUGGCCGUCUUCAUAAUGAUUCAGUCGCCGUCGUCGAAGGACAGGAUUCGGCAAUCGUGACGGCGGUCGAGCAUCUGGCUUGGGGUCGCAGCAACGGCAACUGCUAUCCGCAUCGACAUUGCGCAUGUUUGUAUCGACAGCAUUGGGUAGCAAAUUCCCCAAUGAACAGCCAGUCGUUUGACUUUGCCGCAUCCCCAAUGGCCGCCGUGGCCAACCUUCCAGACUGUGCCGACGCCGAGAGAUUGGUAUCCUUUCACCUCACACGGAUCGCCUGGCACCACAAUUGCAUCCACUGUCCGACCUUUUGGAGACAGUGCCAGGCGUUCUGGCAGACGGGGAAAUGCGACCAUCCCCUGUGGAUUGCCUUGUAUUGCUCUAUCCUGAGUACAACCCUGUUUUGCGUCCAAAACAGUGCCCAGUUUCUCGAAGAAUUCGAUCUCGAAAGCGGCCUAGAAACGGCGCAACAACUGUUCAAGACAAUCGUCGAGGUGCUCUACGCCGGCAACUUUCUCCAGAACAUGUCGUUUUACGCUGUCCAAGCCAUUGUCAUUUCGACCGAGGUGGCGCACAAUUUUGGCUUGAGCCAGCUCAACGCGACUCUCUUCAGCGCCGCCAUCAGGAUAGCAGAGUGUUUGGGGGUGCACAAGAUUCAAGACGGCGUCUCCCCUAAUUUGACCACCGAAGAGGCCUGGCACGAAACUGUCGAAAAGGAAGUGGGCAGAAGGGUCUGGUGCCAGAUCAUCAUCCAAGACUACUUUGCGAUUCCUUUUACCGAUUCGUACAUCAUCAAUCCUGCUCAAUAUUCCACUAGUCUGGCCAGCAAUGCUCAUGACCAUGACCUCGCUGCAAGACCGGACUCUGUGCCCACCGUCAGUACAUACACCCGGGUAUUGGCCACGAUUGCCAAACUGAUGCCCGACUUCGUCGACGGGUUAGGGCCAUUGAACGCCCGGAAGCCCCUAGCCGAACAAUACCAACACGUUUUGCGCAUGGAUCAGAGGAUGCGCAAUGUUGUGCAGACAAUUCCCGGUUUCCUACUUCGUCAUGACGUCCAGAAGGAGGCGCUGGUGGGCUGGUUGGGUAUUGCGCGUCGCAGCCUUGCCAUCACAGCGGCUGAAAAGAUCAUCAUGAUUCACAGACCGUUCAUCUUUCGGUCGUUUCUCUCCGACGCAUACGCUCGCACAAGGAGGACGUGUGUAUUUGCAGCUGUGACGAUUCUUCGAGAGCAUGAGAACAUUGCCUUGUCCGGAGAGUUAUGUCUGUGGACUCACACGGCAUUCUGCAUCACGGCCGCGGUCAUCCUCUGUUUUGAAAUUGUCAUGGGCGGAACCACACAUACCAAUGAUCGACACGAAAUGUUUAGAGGUUUGGUUCGUAUGGCGACGAGUCGUCUUGAGGGCCGCAAGCACGACGUCCUGGCCAGACGUGGGAUAUUUUUGAUCGGUGCCAUCCUCGCAGAACUUGAUGGAGCCAUGACGACGGAAGCAGAAACCAACGAGCAAUCAACAGGCCCAGACCCGAAGAAAACGAUUGAUUUUCACGACAUUGUGAAGCGGUUCAGUACAGACUGGUUUUCAUUGGGUGCUACAGCCGAGCUGGCUCCGCCGUUCGUUUACGACGGCCAAGUCUAUGAACAAGCACAGGGCGGCGCUGCCACUGCGGCAUCUGGUGCACACAACCAGUCCAUGUGUGCCGAUGAAGACUUCGAGUCCUGGUUCAUCAACGUCUUUAACACGGUCGAGAUGGAGCCAUGA